CAUAAAAUACCUGGCCAACGAAAUCCAGAUAUCACACCGUGGACCUCAAACAGCCUCAACAGUCCUGAGGACGCAACUUCACAGAACAGGAAAACAGAGUAUGGAAACGACGGCAAAAAUCGGUGCGUUUUCCAUAAUCAGUUGCAUGGCAUCAGACAAUUACCGCCCUAACGCUAAUACUCCUCUCUCUCUACCAAACCCUAAUGCUAUUUCUAACCUCUUUCACUCUCACUCCAACUCUAGAAACCCUAAUUCUCCUUCUCCUCCUCCUGCAAAAAGAAAACAACCCGCCGCGGGGCCCAGCGAGCUCCGAAAAGCUCAAGACUUUCUGAACCGGGCUCUCCAAGCGCAACCUCCGCCACCCACUUCAGAAAUCAACACGGCCUUAGCGGCUGUAAAGAAAUCGGGUAAUUACGGCUCUACCCUUUCUUUCUUUGUCAAGUUGCAAUUUUCAGGCGUCCUGCCCAAUUUCUUCACCUUGAAGAUUGCGAUAAUCUGUUGCUGCCAGUUGAAUCGAGUCGAUUUCGGGUUCUCUCUUCUGGGCGUCCUCUUCAAACGGGGCAAAUCGCCCUGUGUAACUACCUUCACCAAUCUCAUACGCGGGCUUGUUUUACGGGAUAAAAUCGACGAGGCCAUGGAUUUACUCGAUAAAUUAACAAGAAAGAGUGGUAUUGAACCCAAUGUGGUUACGUACGGGACAAUCGUUAAUGGGCUUUGCAAAACAGGCAACAUUAGUAUGGCUAUUAGGAUGGUUCAGAUUAUGGAAGAGAGAGGUUGUAAACCUAACAUUGUUGUGUAUAACACAAUCAUUGAUGGUCUGUGCAAGGGUAGGAUGGUGGGUGAUGCCGUAAACCUCUUGUUGGAAAUGAGUGGAAAAGGUAUUCGUCCAGAUGUCGUCACUUAUACGUCUUUGAUAUAUGGCCUGUGCAAUAACGGCAAGUGGAAGGAGGCUACAGGAAUGUUAAGAGAGAUGUUGGAUAGUGGUGUUUCUCCAAAUGUUCGUACGUUUAGUGUGUUGGUGGAUGCACUUACUAAGGAAGGGAGGGGAAAAGAAGCAAAGGAGGUUAUUGGAGUCAUGAUAAAAAGAGGUGUGGAUCCUAAUGUAUACACGUACAACACAAUAAUGCAUGGAUAUUGUUUGCAAGGUCGGAUGGAUGAAGCAAUGAGAAUGUUAAAAACCAUGGUUAAUAGGGGCCUUCGUCCGGACGUUUUCAGCUAUAACAUUUUGAUCAAGGGAUAUUGCAACAAAUUGGAAUUAGAUGAGGCCAUGCAUCUCUUUCAAGAUAUGCCUCAGAGGGGUUUGAAACCUGAUGUUAUAACUUGCAACACUAUAUUACAGGGUCUGUUUCGGAUUGGUAGAUGUGCAGCUGCUAAAAAACUUUUCCGUGAGAUGCAAAAACCAGGCCUACUUGGAGGUACUCACUCUUAUAAUAUCGUGUUGGACGGCCUUUGCAAAAACGGGCAUAUUGGUGAAGCAUUUUCUUUGUUUCACAUGAUUGAAAGCAGCAGUUUAGAUCUUGACAUUGUUUCGUACAGUGUCCUCAUUGAUGCAUCUUGCAAGGAUAAACAAAUUGACAACGCAAGGGAGCUUUUCACUAAACUUUCUUCCAAGGGGCUACAUCCUGAUCACACGACAUAUAAUAUGAUGAUACGAGGUCUGUGCGAGGAAGGAUUGCUAGAUGAAGCUUGUGAGUUGUUUGUUGAAAUGAAACAGAAUGGUUGCUUGCCUGAUGGUAUCACUUACAACACUAUUAUCAGAGGAUUUUUUGGGCAACAAAAGGGUUACAAGGCUGUGGCAUUCCUUGAGGAAAUGGUGGGAAGGGGUUUUUCACCCAGUGCAUCUAAUUUUUCAUCCAUUAUAGAUCUAAUCUCAACUGAGGGCGAAGAUCCUUCCCUUCAAAAACUGAUCAGGAAGUUCAUGCCAAGGAUAGACAUGGAUCUGUGAAGAAAGGCCGAAAUCAAUGAUCAAGCAUAUAUUCCCUUGAAUCUUUCACUCGCUUCUGGGCGUCAAUUUGUUCUCCAUAGCAGAUUUUUGGCCGUGCCCUUCCAGAGUUGUGAAAGAUAAAAUGACUGGAAUUUUAGCUUGAGGGAUUGAAGACACAACCGUCGUGUCUACAAGGUGGUGGUUUGCUGACGGAUUUAAGCAAAGCCUGAGAUGCUUUAUAUUGAAUAGCACUCAGCCCUAUACUAGCACUAGGUCCGUAGAUAAGGUUGACCGUUGACAUUGUUAGUCCCAAGUUUAAGGGGAAACAAAAAAUGGUGAAGUGAUUCAUAAGUUGAACUCUCGUCUCUCGCCAAGAGUUCACACCACUGCAGUGUGUAGCAACCUCACACCCCUGUCAAUGGCCAGAGCAAAUUCCUGAAGCAUGUGCAACUGUUUCUCUUCUUUUUUUCUUAGCUAUUCCUAGGUAUAUUAUAAUCAUAUAAUUGCUAUUGCCAUUGCCAUUGCUAUCUACCAACUCAUCAGGUAUGUGUGCUUGUGCUGACAAUCUUGCUUAUCAUAAGGUCGUGCAGGGUAUUGCUCUAAUUUCAGGGUUUGUACUGCUAGUGACAUGAUCGACUAUAGAAACAUUCCUUGGAAUGAGGAUGGAAACCUGCACCAAUUGUUUUAGCUGCGAAUUCACCUCUGGAUUCAGUAUGCCUCUUCCACUAGGAUGAACACAUUCAAUAAUAAGAAAUUUGUCAAACUGGUAUGGAUGAAGAUGGAUCUGAAGAGCAUGUUUCUUUGGGGUUAAGCGCAUAUGUUCAAUGGAGAACCCGGGCCUGACAACACCACUCUAUCCCCGAUAAAUGCUCUCAUCCUGCUUGAAUCAAAUGUGUGAAGUGACUUUUUGUUGGCAUACCAAGUGAAAGAUGUUGGGGCUUCAUAACAAGGAUAUCAGUGAUGGAGUUUUGAAGGCGGCUGCAUCGUCAUGUAUUCUUGUUGCAUGGCCAGGAAUGAUGGUAUAUUUUUACUGGUGUUACUGGAAUGCUGCAGCUGUGUUGCUCCAAAGCACUGGCAACUUUCCAUGGCUUUGUUAUUAGUAAAGUAAAAGGAGGACUCAAGCUGCCAACACUGUAAGGGAGCGAAGGACGGUGGUAGACGCAUGGGCACCUUCAAGAGAAAUGUUGAUGCAACAGUCGACGAUCAUGCAGCUGAGGUUGGAAUUGGCAUGCUAACCCGAGACCAUGGGGGUUACGAGGUGAAUUUUUGUUCAAGGCAUUCAAAGCUAAAUUACUGGAUUAGCUUUUGCUAUCCGCGAGGGUGUUAUCCUUCGGAUACGGCUUCAAAUCGAUUCUGAUGCUGUUGCAAUUGUAAUUGCUGGGUGUAGACACUUGAAAAACAACGCUGCAGCCCAACACAAAAUGAUCAAUCUUAUUCCCUCUCGAAGAAUCUUAUUCCCUCUCGAAGAAUGUUGGAUGAUGCGGCCAAGAGUUGGUGAGAGAUAGAAAAGAUGCGUAAUUUUAUUUAGCUCUCUCUAUUUGAUAACUUUGGAUGGCAGGCCAGCUUACGCACACUUUAAUUAUUCUUUGAAGACUUGAUCUCUCCAUAAAUUUGAAUGGGAAUUUAUAAAUGCAACUACGAAUUUACUGCA